CUGUUAAAAUCAUAUCAUGGUGAUCUUUAUCAUCGAAUAGAUAAAAUAACAUAUAAUUACGUCAAAAUCUAAGAUGGGGGAUUGGUUCCUCCUAAUCCCAUAGUUUUUUCCAAAUUAACACACAUAAUAACCGAUGCUUGAAACAUUGUUUUCUUACUAUAAGCUCUAUAGGGUUAUUCAUCACUUCUAAUUCUAAUGAUCCUUUUCAAUCAUUUCUUAUAAAUUUUCCAUAGAUAAAUAUUUCGAUUUUGUAUAUAGUACUUCAAACACAUAUGUAAUGGCGUCGUCUUCUUCAACUUUAUUCAUUCACAAGAGCUUCAAAUAUGAUGUGUUUUUAAGUUUUAGAGGUGUUGACACCCGUAAAACUUUUGUUGAUCAUCUUUAUUUUGCUCUUCAACAGAAAAACAUUUGCAUUUUCAAGGAUAAUGAUGAAAUCAAGAUAGGGAAAAAGAUUAAGGAUGAGCUUAGCAAAUCCAUUGAAGACUCAAAGUUCCAUAUCAUUGUUUUCUCAAGGAACUAUGCUUCUUCGUCUUGGUGUUUGGAUGAGCUAGCGAAGAUUAUGGAGUGCCAUAGGACAAAACACGGGCAUGUUGUUUGCCCGAUCUUCUAUGAUGUGGAACCCUCUCAAGUUCGUAACCUAUGUGGGGCUGUUGGAGAAGCCUUCCUGAAACAUAAAGAAGAAGUCUCUGCUGAGAAAUGGAAAGGGGCUCUCAAAGAAAUAGCCGAUAUCAAAGGAUUGGAGUUGAAGAACACUUGUGAUGGGUAAUUCCUACAUCGAAUGUCCUAGAAAUUUUUUUCUGAUCGGUAU